AUGCCGUCCGACGUUGCGACCCGGUAUCAGCCGCCGCUGGUCACAGUAUCGGGCGGUGUCGUCUCGACCGUCCACACCGUCCUCGGCUUUAUCGCCUUUUUGGGCGCGCUCGUCACCGCCCUUGCGCUCCACUAUGAAAGGAUCGUCAAGAACCACGUCGCCGGCUACCCGCAAGAGUACUGGCCCUCGGUCAGCGCAACCAUUGGCGACUGGUUCCCGGAGCGCAACAUCUUUCAGGUCGGCAUCGCCCUGAUGGCGGGGCCUCGCUUCCUCCUCGUAUUCCUCUCCGCCCUCCUGGUCUCGCUCGCCACCCCUUCGGGCUCCAAGAAGGCGGCCAUCCUGCUCAUCGUCGGCACAGCGAGGACUUUCGCCUGCGGAGGCUGGGUCUACGUCACCUCGUCCGACCACCACGACUUCCACGACAUCGCCAUGGCCGCCUACCUCUUGCUCACGCCGCCUUGGAUGUACAUCACCAGCGGCAGCCUCGCGCCGCAGCCCAACAAGUACCAGUCGACCCCGGACGGCGACCGCGACAGCGUGGCGGCCAAGGCGAGGAAGAUGCGACGCCUGGCCGCGACCCUGUUCUUCUCCUGCAUGCCUCCAAUGGGCCUCUUCUUCUACCGACACAAUGUCCUGCGUAUCCCAGGCGCCUACUCCCAGUAUGCCUUCUUCGAAUGGGGCCUGAUCAUCUUUGAUCUCCUCUUUGACGCCGCAAGCGUGUACGACCUGUCGAGGCUGGAGCUCCACGUCAUCGAGGCUCCGAAAACCAUCGUAGCUGCGGGCAGCCCAGCCAAAGCAGACUCUGCCGCCAAAGUAGGAGGGGCAUGGUUCAAUGGAGGCAAGGCCGAAGCCUUCACCACCGGCGCCUGGAGCACCGUUCCGGCCGACUUUGGCGUCAAGAAGGAGCCUGCAGGCGUUCAGACCAAGGAGGCGGGCACGAGCAAGAGGAGCGCCUAUAGAGAUGCGAAAUCUCCCGAGAAUCUCUCCACGCGAGACCUGGUGUCGUUGGGCUCGGAAUGCUACCUCGCCUUUUGCUUCUGGACCUCCCUGACGGCUCUCCAUCCGAUGAUCUUCUUCUUCUCGGUCUACAAUAUGGGCAUUGGCGGCCACGAGGCGCUGCUCGUCUCGCAGGUCAUCGGUCUGGGCCUGACCCUCGCCAUGCCUCCGCUGCGCCGUCCUGCGAUGGACUCAAUUGGCGGCAUUGCUCACGUCGGCCGGCUGUCGAACCGUCCGCAGUCCUUGAUGUGGCUGCUUUCGCUCGCCGGCAUCGCCAGCUGGUGGAUUGAUAGCGCUCUGUACCGUCUGCUGGCGGUCGCGUUCUCCAACGCCGUGCUCGCGGUCCUCCUCGCCGUCGACUGGGGCGCCAGCUGGGAGUCUGGACAGCUGACCACCAAGGUGGCAGUGUGGCUGGUGGGGCUGCUGUUGUCCAACCUGGCCAAGUACGCCAACCACAGCAACAACCCGGCGUGGCCUUUCCUCGAUUCGACCAACGGCGGGCUCAACCCGUAUGCGCUCGCGCUCGGCGUGCUCUGCACCCUCGAGAUCUGGACCAGGCCGCGCAAGGAGGGUCGGCCGGCCAUCAACUUCCGCUCCGCCAACGAAGGCCUCGGCAGCUUUUGGAAGGCCUCGAUCGGGACGGGCGUCCUUCUUUACGCCCUCCAUGCUCAUCUGACCGAUACGGGAACGCUGAUCGCCUGGGGUUGGACCGGUUACCCUGUGACUGGCCCGACGGCGAUCCAGUACGGCUCCGUCAUCCUCUCGGCCAUGGCAGCCUCGACCCUCAUCAGACUCGGCGAGCCUCGCGUGGCAACUAGCCCUCUGCUCGUCGCCGUCCACGCCAUCUCGGCAUACCUGCUCAAGUGGCACACGGACUGGGUGAGCUUCGUCGGCGCCGCCGGCUUCGCCUUCACCCUGCCUCCGCUCGCCUUCCCCCUGAUCGCCGCGGCCAUGCGCCACAACCCGCUCAAGGUGAUGCUCGCAAGUUGGCUGGUUGCCAACGUGCUCGUCUUUGUCGGCAUCCUCACCGUCGCCUACGCCUUUGUGCCGGGCGGCAAGAUCAUGCGCGAGAGGACGGGAUUCAUGCUCGCCCUGCAGGUCGUUCUGCUCGCCGUGGGGCAGCUCAAUGCCCGCGAGGCCAACGCCAUCGGUGCGCCGCCCAGCAACGACAAGGAAGCCGAAAAGGCGUCGUCGGCGGCGUCCUCGCGCCCCUUUGAGGGCGUGUCGGGCUUCAGCAAGUACCUCGGCCGCAUCAUGGCGGCCAUUGUCAUCGCGAGCAACAUUGUUCCCGCCUUCCGCUUCGUGGAGCCGUCAUCCAUCGAGCCCUACCAUGCGCCCGACAGGCUGGUGACGGCGGGCAUGUGGACCGUCCACUUUGCACUCGACCAGCACAUGCUCGACAGCUCACGGCGCAUGUCGUCGAUCAUCAAGCACCUCGACCUCGACAUCAUCGGCCUCGUCGAGACAGACCUUCACCGGCCCGUGUUCGGCAAUCGCGACCUGACCCAGUUCCUCGCAGAAGACCUGGGCAUGUACGCCGACAUCGGACCGAGCCCAAAGUCGAACACGUGGGGCGCCGUGCUCCUCUCCAAGUUUGAGAUCAUCAACAGCACCCAUCACCUCCUUCCCUCGCCCAACGGAGAGCUCGCCCCCGCCAUCCACGCCGUCCUGGACAUCUACGGCGUGCACACCCACGUCAUCGUCUCUCACAACGGGCAGGAGGAAGAUCCGCUGGACCGCGAACUCCAGACUACCGAGAUCGCCCGCAUCCUCCGCGAGGCCUACCCGCACCCGGCCAUCUUCCUCGGCUACGUCGUGACAAAGCCCCACGCGGAACGACCGGCUCCUUACAAGAUCCUGUUCGAGGAGGGCCGGAUCCACGACGUCGAGGUGACCGACAUGAAUCGAUGGUGCCAGUACCUCGGAUUCCGAGGGCUGCAGAGGAUCGGGUACGCACGCGUCUCGCGGUACACGGUGACCGACACGGAGCUGCAGACAAUGAAGCUGGUGGUCCCGGAGCAUCCCAUCGACCCGGACCGCAACGACCUGACCAUGUUUGUCGCCGCCGAGACGUAUCCCGAGUCGAUGCGCUACCCCGUGGACUUGAUAGAUCCGGAAGCCAAGGUCUACGACCGGCACAAGUAUUCGCCGUACCUGUAUCCCAUCUUCUACGCCAAGCCGUAG